UCCGGAGCGGCCGCUGCGGUAGGCGGCUGCUCCUCUCCUCCGCGGCUCGCCCCCUCCGCCUCAGUAACGAUGCUGUCCUAGCGAGGGAUGAUGACAGGGAGAGGAGAGGGGCAGAGCCGCCGCCGCUGCUGCUGCUGCUGCCGGGAGCCCUGUCUCUUGCUCGCCUCCCCGGCACUUCUCGGCUGCCGGGCUGCGCAUCGCGCCGCCUUCCUGACGGGCGGCAGGAGGAGAGGGCGGAGGGGCGGCGGUGGUUUUAUGGUGAGGGAUUUGUCCUCUCCAGGUGCUCUGUCCCCCGCCGGGCAGGGCUUUCCUCCUCCUCCACCUCCUCCUGCCGCCUUCCCCGUCACACGCGGCCGGCCGGGAGCGGGAGCAGCCGCCUCCGCCGUCACCGCCGCCUGAGGGGACCCUGACCAUGUCGAGCAAGAGCAGGAAGAGCAAGGAACAGGGGAGAGUGACCUUCCCCCCGCAGCAGGAGGAGGAGGAGGAGGAGGAGGGGGCAGAGGAAGAGGAGCAGCAGCGCCGGCGCCGCGGCUGGAGAGGCGUCAAUGGGGGACCGGAGCCCCCUCCGCCACCUCAGAGAGCCGUUAAAACCCUCCGGGAGCCCUACGGCUACUACCCGCCCCCCCCUUUUGCCAGCACCAUGUACAUUGAAGAAAGUCCAUCUUUGAGACGUAUGACUAUGAUGAGGGAAAAGGGAAGGCGACAGGCCAUUAGGGGCCCAGCAUUCAUGUUCAACAACAGGGGCACCAGUCUUACGGCUGAAGAAGAGCGCUUUCUAGAUGCAGCAGAGUAUGGGAACAUACCUGUGGUGCGCAAAAUGCUGGAGGAGUCAAAAACACUGAAUGUCAACUGUGUUGACUACAUGGGCCAAAACGCCUUGCAGCUUGCUGUAGGGAAUGAACAUUUGGAAGUGACAGAACUUCUGUUAAAAAAAGAGAACUUGGCACGGAUUGGAGAUGCCCUGCUGCUUGCAAUCAGCAAGGGCUACAUUAGGAUAGUGGAAGCAAUUUUGAAUCAUCCUGGGUUUUCAGUAAACAAGCGACUGACUCUGAGCCCUUGUGAGCAGGAGCUCCAGGAUGAUGAUUUUUAUUCCUAUGAUGAAGAUGGUACCCGCUUUUCUCCAGAUAUCACUCCCAUAAUUUUAGCUGCCCACUGCCAAAAAUACGAAGUUGUGCACAUGCUGUUGAUGAAAGGAGCAAGGAUAGAAAGACCUCAUGAUUAUUUCUGUAAAUGUAAUGACUGUACAGAGAAGCAAAAGCAUGAUUCUUUCAGUCACUCUAGGUCAAGAAUAAAUGCAUACAAAGGACUGGCUAGUCCGGCUUAUCUGUCCCUCUCCAGUGAAGAUCCAGUACUUACUGCUCUAGAACUCAGCAAUGAACUUGCCAAGUUGGCCAACAUUGAAAAAGAAUUCAAGAAUGACUAUCGCAAGCUGUCUAUGCAGUGCAAGGAUUUUGUGGUUGGCGUUCUUGAUCUCUGCCGAGACUCGGAAGAAGUGGAGGCCAUUCUGAAUGGGGAUUUAAACUCUGAGCCAGUUGAAGCACAGAGACACAGAGCAUCACUGAGCCGUGUGAAGCUGGCCAUUAAGUAUGAAGUCAAAAAGUUUGUGGCCCAUCCAAACUGUCAGCAACAGCUACUGACUAUCUGGUAUGAAAAUCUCUCAGGAUUACGGGAGCAGACCAUAGCUAUCAAGUGUCUGGUUGUGCUGGUUGUGGCAUUGGGCCUUCCAUUUCUAGCCAUUGGUUAUUGGAUUGCACCAUGUAGCAGGCUUGGAAGAAUUCUUCGAAGUCCAUUUAUGAAAUUUGUGGCACAUGCAGCAUCCUUCAUUAUUUUCCUAGGCCUGCUGGUGUUCAAUGCUUCAGACAGAUUUGAAGGUAUAACAACGCUGCCGAAUGUCACUGUUACUGAUUACCCUAAGCAGAUCUUUAGGGUGAAGACUACCCAGUUCACCUGGACAGAAAUGCUGAUCAUGGUAUGGGUACUUGGUAUGAUGUGGUCAGAAUGCAAAGAGCUGUGGCUGGAAGGACCCAGGGAAUAUAUUUUGCAGUUAUGGAAUGUUUUGGAUUUUGGGAUGCUGUCCAUUUUCAUCGCUGCUUUCACAGCAAGGCUUCUGGCAUUCUUGCAGGCCACAAAAGCGCAACAAUAUGUGGACAACUACAUUGAGGAGAAUGAUCUCUCUGAGGUCACGCUUCCUCCAGAAAUAGAGUAUUUUACUUAUGCUAGAGAUAAAUGGCUCCCAUCUGAUCCUCAGAUAAUAUCUGAAGGCCUUUAUGCAAUUGCUGUCGUUCUUAGCUUUUCUCGGAUUGCGUACAUCCUGCCUGCAAAUGAGAGUUUUGGGCCCUUGCAGAUUUCACUUGGAAGGACUGUUAAGGACAUCUUCAAGUUUAUGGUCCUUUUUAUUAUGGUAUUUCUUGCAUUUAUGAUUGGAAUGUUCAUACUGUAUUCUUACUACCUUGGAGCUAAACUAAACCCAGCCUUUACAACAGUGGAAGAAAGUUUCAAGACCUUAUUUUGGUCAAUAUUUGGCUUGUCUGAAGUCACCUCUGUUGUCCUCAAAUAUGAUCAUAAGUUCAUAGAGAACAUUGGUUAUGUUCUUUAUGGCAUAUAUAAUGUAACGAUGGUGGUAGUUCUGCUCAACAUGCUGAUUGCUAUGAUCAACAGUUCAUACCAAGAAAUUGAGGAUGACAGUGAUGUAGAGUGGAAGUUCGCUCGUUCUAAACUUUGGUUAUCGUAUUUUGAUGAUGGAAAAACAUUACCUCCACCAUUCAGUCUUGUACCAAGCCCCAAAUCUUUUUUCUAUUUCAUCAUGAGGAUCAUUAACUUUUCUAAGUGCAGGAGGAGACGGCUACAGAAGGACAUUGAAAUGGGAAUGGGCAAUUCCAAAUCUAGGUUAAACCUUUUCACUCAGUCCAACUCCAGAGUUUUUGAAUCACACAGUUUUAACAGCAUUCUCAAUCAGCCGACACGCUAUCAGCAAAUAAUGAAAAGACUGAUAAAACGUUAUGUUCUGAAAGCACAAGUGGACAAAGAAAAUGAUGAAGUAAAUGAAGGUGAAUUAAAGGAAAUCAAACAGGAUAUCUCCAGUCUUCGCUACGAACUUUUGGAGGAUAAGUCCCAAGCAACAGAAGAGUUAGCAAUUUUAAUACAUAAACUCAGUGAGAAACUAAAUCCUAAUAUGUUGAGAUGUGAAUGAUUCAACAGAGGAACCAUGGCUUUGACUACAGCACAACUAUUUAUUGGCAAUAAUAUUUCAGUAUCUUAUACUUGAAAAACGUAUUGUAGAUUUUUAGCACUAAAUAACUUUAUGUACAGCUUCUCUGGAACUUAGUCUUAGGAAAUUUUAUUAACUCACCAUGAAAAUAUCACUCUCAAUUUUAAUUGUCUGAAAGCAAGAACUACCAUCUGUUUGGUUUUUGGUUUGGUUUUUGUUUUUGGGGGGUUUUUUUUGCAUUUAUGCAUUAAAAAGGUAUAAUGGUAUGAAUUGCUGAUAUUUUAACAGGUUUAUGAAUACAUACUGAGAAUUCUUUGCACUAAGAUUGCAAGAAAAAAUUAAAAUAACAGAUAUACAGUGUAGUACUCUGUUCCUUGCCGCAACUGGGUAUGAAUAGGAUUUUUUGUAAUACCGUAAAUCAACUAGCAAUGAGUAGAGGAUUACUUGAAAUCUUUGUUCUUUGUUAGCGAUGCUAGUAAUGCGUAUGAGCUGAGAACUCGCGGUAUGAUCACAAGGAAUUCAUGAAAAUCGGGUGAAAGUGUGAAUGUAAUGGUAGUAGCACUGUUUAACACAUAUGUAUGUACAUGUACCCACAACUACUGUUUCUUAAUUCAGCAUAUUGACUUUCUCAAGGAAGGACUAGAAUUUUUUU